CCCAUCCUCCCUGCAUGACAUCUGCGCCUCCUUGCUCGACUACGACCCUCUGGUACUAUCUGGACACGAACUGGAACGAUAAACUUCACGACAUAGACCUCUUGUGCAUCUCAGGACACUUACGCCAUGUCCGCCACCAAGCCUUCACCAGGCAGCGCGCAGGCUCCUCCUGGUUCCCGACCCCGCAUACCAGAAAGCUUUCUUGAAGUGCCUGAUCAGCGUUUGUACGCAUUGAGUUUAGGAGUGGCAUGUCAGGCGGUCAAGAUAUUUGACCUAGGGCGAUAUUGGCUUUGGCCGAGCGAAGGUCCACAACACUUCGCGAGAAAGUGGAUGUUUGCUGACUUCGUCUACUGCUCGGUCCUGUCAUGGCUCCGAGUACCGCGUCUAAGGUACAGCAAAUCUGUGGUUGCUCUACAGAUUAUUGCUCUGUGGUUAUUCGACGGUCUAGCCUUCGGAGGAAUCUCGGUGAACAUUGGAAGCGGGGGACCAUGGAUCCAGUCCGGCCGCUCUUCAGGAGACGUAUCUUACAGCACGUCCGCGAUUUGGGAUUACCUUCCUGACUUGGGGCUGCCGAUAUUGAAUGGUGGUAGGGAGACCCACCUUCUUGGUCAACACACCGUCCGCAUGUCUCCCAUCAGCACUGCUCAGUUGAAUCCCUACGCUGAGACGUUUUGCUUCCCCACUCCCGGCUCCUAUGUUCUCAUCCCUGUUCUUCUGAACAACACCAAUCCAGCUGCCUUGAGGUACAAUCUGACACCUCUGGCAGCCUCCGAGACUUCGCGAAGUACUAGCAGGAUCGAACAUGUUGACCUGUCUGCGAAGGACCUCAGGGCCAUCGAACAAAGCCGUGUCGACCAUUUGCAGCUCGUCCGUGCAGCCCAGAAGAAGGAUUCGGACGAGUACGACGAGUACGACGAAGACGAUGACGAUGAAGGGCACAGCCUCGGGCAGAACCAUUUACAGAAGACACAGCACCUUACCUACAUCCGCCUCAACAAACCUGGUACGCUCACUCUUGAGCGUGUCCUUGACCAGUCGAACGUCGACGCGCGUCUCCUCUACCCCACGGAAGUGACAGUUGUGCCCUGUCCUCGUGCAGAGUUCUCCCCAAGGAGCCAGGCCGUUGUCAAGGAUGUCCGGUGCGCUGCUCCCGGUCUUGUCAGUGGAUCAGGCGAGGAGCUUCAGCUAGAAAUCGACAUUUACGGCGUUCCACCACUCAGUCUCCGGUGGUAUCGCGAAGCCGGCCACAAACGCGAGUCGUUCAUGGUCGAAGGCAUCGAGGGUGCUGAGCACGAGCGCCAUGCGCAUAGCGAUGAUGAUCGCAGGCUCUCUUCAACUGGCCAGCGGGCGCCCACCCAAGUCCGCGUCCCGCUGACGGUGGUGCUUGAUACCCUUGGCACCCACACGCACACGCUUGAGUCAGUGACUGACUCGCUCGGAAACGUCGCACACGCGGGCCAACACGCUGAUGCUCCCCGCAAAGGUGCCCAGGACCACGCUCUCGCCACAACUCGCUCAGUCACUGUCCUCCGCCGGCCUGCCGUCUCGUUCAAGCACUGUGGUCCAGGACAACCAGCUUCCCUGCUUGUCGGGUCCGAAGCGCCUCUCACCAUUGCAGCCGUACAAGCGGACAUUGAGGAUGCACCCUGGGAUGUCGCCGUGCGAUACGAUCCUCCACCGGGAGAAGAUGGCUCGAAGCCGAGCAAGCGGUACAAGGCAUGGACGAAGAACCUCAAGACACAGGGCGAUCGUCGGGAACUGACGCUACGUGCGAGCGCGCCGGGAGAGUACACGAUCGUAGGCGUCACGGGGCAGUAUUGCGAAGGUGACGUUUUGAGCCCCGAAACGUGCAGGGUCGUCGAGCGACCACUUCCCAGCGCGGAGAUAGAGUGGAAGAAAAUUCAUGAAUGCUCUGGAGACAUCGGCGUUUCCGCUGCCUUGGUCCUGCAUGGCACUCCGCCCUUCACAGUGUACUACCGCUCGCAGCGUGACGCUGAGAAUCCGAAGGAGCACCACAAGACGUUCACGGCUUCGCGGGGGGAGCUGACCGUCCAACCAGAUCGCAGCGGUCACUACACGUUCAAGAUCUACCGGGUUAGCGACGCGAACUACAAGAAGAUUGACCUCAAGGCGGCUGCAAUCGAGCUAGAUGUGCAUCCGCCUCCUUCUGCGGACUUCGUUGGGAACGUACACGGCGGAAGAGGCAAGAAGAGUAUCAGCAGCUGCUCUGGUAGUAAUGUUGGCGUGGAGAUCGAGCUGCGGGGUACAGCACCGUGGAAUAUCGAGGUGCAAAUCGUCGGUCCCAGGGGCUCUGAGAUCAUUCCCUUCCGUGACAUUCAGACAGCAAGGCAGUCCCUUUCUUUGCCUAUUCCUAAGGCGAUUGAUAGGGAUGGCGGUUCCUUUGAGGUUGAGCUGGUGAAUGUGGAGGACGCAUACAAGUGCAAACGGUCUCUGUCGGUACCGGGGAUUGCAGUCAACGUCCGCCGUAACCUACCAACUGUCAGAUUCUACGGGAAACCGGACCAGCGGCGGGUGACGAUACUCGACCACGAGCAGGCGAUCCUACCGCUGCGCUUAACUGGUGAAGGACCUUGGCGUGUUCAGUAUCGUCGCCAGGGCGGUCCCAUCGAAAGGGCUACCCUGAAAUCACCUAACGACGAGCUUCGCGUCAACGCAGCCGGUACAUACGAACUUAUUGGGGUGAACGACUCCCAAUGCCCAGGAACUAUCGUAGAAAGCGAAUCUACCUACCGGGUGGACCACAUCCCGCGACCAUCCGCGAAACUCUCGUCGGAUAUGCAGUCCACUUAUGAACGCUACAAUGGCUCUCACAUCCUCCCUGCGAUCUGUGAAGGCACUGACGAUCAUGUCGACCUUGACCUCACCGGUCGUCCGCCAUUCCAAAUCAUGUACAACAUUGCGAAGGAUGAUGGGCUCGGGGGAACCAAACUCCUUGACCAACCUACGUUCAGCAGUAUACAGCCUCGCACUCGCUUCCAGCUUCGAACGUCCGAGCCCGCCCGAAUCUACUACGAAGUGAAGCAGAUCGGUGAUGCUGCAUAUUCGCUGGCCAAGAACAAGGACGCCAUCAUCCCUCGCUCGGAACGCCUCCUGUUCGAGCAACAAGUUCUGACGCGCCCCUCCGCACGGUUCAAGAAUCACAACCGCCUCUCCUACUGUCUGAACGAUGCUCUCACCGCACAGGACUAUUCGCAAAACGAUGGCGUUGUCGUGCUUCAGGGUACUCCUCCUUUCCAGCUCCAGGUCUCUGUGCGCAACCUCGCCGCCAGCGAGAUCUAUUCCGAGACGGUCGAGGUGUGGGACUCUCAGUGGCGGGUCCACUUCCCGAGCUACACCUUCCACUCGAUCGGCCCCCACCAAGUGACGAUCGAGUCCGUCACGGACGCGAGCCACUGCGAGCAGGUCGCCCCCGACCCGCUCUUCCGCACCGUCUGGGUCGACGUCGCCGAGACGGCGGCGAUCAUCCCCUUCAGCCGGCGUGAGGACUACUGCGUCGGGGACGCGAUCCCGUUCCAGCUGGAGGGCACGCCGCCGUGGACGAUCGGCUACCGCGCGGGCGGCAAGGCGCACACGGCGGAGGCGAAGCUUUCCCCGUGGUCAGUCGCGCAACAUACCCCGGGCGAGUUCGCCAUCACGUCCGUCGCGCACCAGCAGCGGAUGUGCAAGACGGCGGUGACGGACCUCCGGUACACGGUGCACGCGCUGCCGUCGGCGCAGGUCGGCCACGGGAAGCGCAUCGUGCAGGACAUCCACGAGGGCGACCAGGCGGAGAUCGUGUUCACGCUCAUCGGCGAGCCGCCGUUCACGUUCACGUACCAGCGCGCGGAGCUGAGCCCGCGCAAGGGCGCGCAAGGCAAAGUGCUCGAGACACACACCGUGUCUGGGGUCACCACGAAAGAGUACUCGAUCUUCUCUGCAUUGGAAGGGACCUGGACGAUUACGUCUAUUUCCGACAGGUACUGUAGGUAUCCGCCUACGCAGCAGGAUGGCGUAGAGAAGUCUAGGUGAUGAUCAAUGACUGGCUGAGCCUACAAAAUGUCCUUCAUGCUCUCGUCUGCACGCAAUGUUUUCGCAACGACCGUCUCAAUGUCUCCCGCACUCUAGGUUGUAGCACGUAUUCUAAGAGUGCAAUCUCUCUAUACUCGCCUCAUCGCGUCUAGUUAAAUCCAUCUGCAUUGUGUCUUAUCGUGUCUUGCUGCGUUCAUUCACACCGAUCACAUACGAGAGCGGGUGACC